UCUUCUUUCAAUUUAAACAUUUUUUCUAUUUUUUUUUUCGUUCGAUAUAAACCGCAAUCUUUUCUUUCUCCGGAAAAAGGAGGGCAUGGAUGGGAUUGAUUUCUAUGUGAUGGGCAAGAUCGUCGACGCGUGACGCUGUUUUAGUCGAUCCAAAGAAAAUAAAGGAGCAGACCUGUCAAUGCUGAAAAUAUGCUUCAAUAACACUUUGACUGAUUGUGGUUGCUAUUCUCCCUGAUUCUGGAUGUAGCUUGGGAGUAUGCCAUUUAGUGGUAUGCAUUUGGGAAAGUUUAGAAGAUGGACUACUCGAAACACAGGGUUAAAGCAGCUCUAUGACAUUAGCUAUCUUCCUAUACUACAGCAGUAAACACUUUUGGUAUUGAGUUGUCAUGGAACAUGCAGGGAAAAUAGUGAUGCAAAGGUUUGAAUUAGGGAGAUUGCUUGGACAGGGAAAUUUUGCAAAGGUUUAUUAUGCCAGGAAUCUUAAAACUGGCCAGGGCGUUGCUAUUAAGGUAUUUGACAAAGAGAAAUUAAUGAGAGUGGGUCUUAUCGAACGGACCAAGCGUGAGAUAUCAGUGAUGAGAUUAGUGCGGCACCCAAAUGUUGUGCACCUGUUUGAGGUCAUGGCUAGCAAGAGAAAGGUUUAUUUUGUCAUGGAGCAUGUAAAAGGCGGUGAGUUAUUUGAUAAGAUUGCCAAAGGUAAACUAGAUGAGGAUGUUGCACGAAAAUACUUUCAGCAACUUGUCAUUGCUGUUGAUUACUGCCAUAGCCGAGGUAUUUAUCACCGGGAUCUGAAGCCUGAAAACCUACUAUUAGAUGAGAAUGGAAACUUAAAAGUAUCAGAUUUUGGUCUGAGUGCAGUUGCUGAUUCUAAGAGACAAGAUGGCUUGCUGCACACAAUUUGUGGGACACCAGCCUAUGUUGCUCCUGAGGUAAUCAAUAGGUUUGGAUACGAUGGUGCAAAAUCUGAUACUUGGUCCUGUGGAGUAAUUCUAUUUGUGAUUUUGGCUGGCUAUCUCCCCUUUCAUGAUUCUAAUCUUAUGGAAAUGUACAGAAAGAUUAGAAAAGGCGAAUUCAGGUUCCCUAGUUGGUUUUCUCUCGAGGUCAGAAGAUUGAUUUCAAAAAUGUUAGAUCCUGAUCCAAUUACCAGAAUUUCAAUUGCCAAAGUCAUAGAAAGUAGAUGGUUCCGGAAAUCAUUUGACGACAAGAAACUGAAAGGCAUAGCAGGAAAAGAAGACUCUGUUAUGGAUGUUUCAGCAGCCUUGAGCUCCAGCAGCAACAGCUCCGAGGCAAAGCAAGACUCGAGCGAAAUCAAGAACCUGAAUGCAUUUGACAUCAUUGCUCUUUCACCAGGAUUUGACAUUUCAGCUUUGUUUCAAGAGGGAAACCAUAAGAAAGAAUUUUGGUUCACAUCCAAGUCACCGGCUCUAACUAUAAUAUCGAAGUUGAAGGAUUUAGCUAAGCAUUUGAGAUUAACAAUAACAAAGAAAGAGGAUGGAAUAUUAAAAAUGGAGCAGCUAUAUGAAGGCAAGAAGGGUAUUUUAUCCAUUGACGCUGAGAUAUUUGAGAUGGCGCCUGCACUUCAUUUGGUGGAACUAAAGAAGACAAAUGGUGACACUGUAGAGUAUCUGAAGUUGCUGAAGGAUGACAUAAGGCCAGCUCUUCGGGACAUUGUGUGGGCAUGCCAAGGUAGUUAAUUUUCUCACACAAUUGGUUUCUAUUUCUUUAAUUUGGCCCAGCUUCCUAAAAGCAAAGGGAAAACUUGCCUUGUGGUAUUGUUCUAUUCAGUACCAAGAAGAAACAUUUGAACGUUAGCUGAGCCUCAGUAUACAUGUAAUUGUGUAUAUAAACUUUGUAGUUAAAAUUGCUUCCAGAUGGGUUAAAUCAGAGCAACAAACAAUUUGAACUU